AUGUCUGGAGACGUGCCGGACUCGCCGUCCCCAAAAGGGUCACAAGGGGAACGGAAUUCACUCCAAUUGAGUGAAUCACCGUUCCGUGGAGUCGGACCUUCUGCAAUAGGAGGUCCCCAGGCCCCCGAAGAGUUUCCCCAAGGCAAGCUCAUGGCGCCGGGGGCCACACAGCCAGGUUGGACGGGACCAUCACGACCAUCCAGCAGGCAGUCGCGCAGCAGCAGUGCCGGGACCCGCAAAGGGUCCCGUUGUGCUAAACUCGCGGGAUUGAGAGCUCUGCUCCAAUCAGAGAUGAAGUCCUUGACCGAGCAAACAGCCAAGGAACUUACAGCUAUGGAAAAACGGUUCGACACGCAAUGUCAACUAGUUCAAGUCCAAAUGUCGGAUAUGAUCAAUUUACUCGACGACUCGGAUAGUGGAGAGGAGGAGCGACUCUCCGGUGAGGAGGAGGCGGCCCAGGAUCAAGGCAAGGGCAAACAACCUGCUAUACCACGACCACCGGUCGUGGUACAAGAGGUGGUCGACUCCGAGGACCACGCGAAACCCAAGCCAGUGUUGACACUGCCGCCGUUCUCUCAGGCCGAACUUGACGCGUUGAAGGCGGCCCGCCAUGCGAUGUCGAUGCCUCGACAGCCGUUCGAGUCGGAAGAUGACUUUGAACAGCGUAAGGUGGACGCACGCCGUCAGAUAUACCGGAUUCGGUACCCUAACCGGGAGCCCACCCCCACAGAGGAGGUGGAACCGGUGUGGUACAACGACACCGCGGCCGUGGACAGCAACCAGAAACGGUCUCCGCCGCGAACCUCUGGACCAGGGUAUACUCAUAUUGAAUAUACCGCCGACGACGCUAGGUCAAGGUAUAACGGUGUGGAGAGGUCAUCGGACAUCCCCCAGGAUGCACAACCAGCUCCGCCCAAGGAUGCCCCGCCCCAUAUGUGCAUUCCAAGGGAUAACCGUCCAGCUAUGACCCAACCAACAAGCACCACGGAUGGUGCUCGUCGCAGUAGGCCUAAUGGAGCUCCCAGCUCUCCCAUAACGGGAGAACUGGAGCGUGAGGUACACUUCCAAUACGGUACGGGCGAGUCCAUCUCGUCCCGUUGGAUGGAGCCGGAGUACGAUAUGUUCGGGACAUACUCGUACCUCCAAGAUGGCAACCCGAAGCAUAAUAAGGGACUCUCUGCCUACCUUACUAAGGUAGGCAAGGAGGACCCUAUGGGACCUUCGCUCCGCAAGUGUCAGACCAUGAUGGACUCAAUGGUCUCACACGAAUCGAAGGGCGACAUUCCAGCAUACAUCAGAGUGGCUAAGCCACUGAUGCCGACACCCUGGGAGGGUGUUGACGACCUGUAUGCAUUCGAGGAGUGGUUGCAACGACUCUUGUCGUACUUCCAGACGUUGAAGAUCACCGGUCCAAGCAUGGAUAGUGAUCGACUCCGCCUUCUAGGGAGUGCGAUCAAGGGAGACGCCUACACAUGGGGAUCCUGCGCACCCGCGCAAGAUCCCCUAGAAAGGUCUCCCAGGGGAUACUGCGCACCCGCGCAAGAUCCCCUAGAAAGGGUAUGCAUGUAUGAUACCCCCAUGUACCCACACAGCGUACACACAUGGGCUCCCAGGGGAUCCUGCGCACCUGCGCGAGAUCCCCUGGAAAGGCGUACGCACAUGGGCUCCAAGGGGAUCCUGCGCACCCGCGCGAGAUCCCCUGGAAAGGUACACACAGUCCCCAGGGGUGCGCGAGAUCCCCUACAAAGUAUAUGCAUGUAUGAUACCUCCAUGUACCCGCACAGCAUACGCACAUGGGGUCUCAGGGGAUCCUGCGCACCCGCGCGAGAUCCCCUAGAAAGGUCUCCCAGGGGAUCUCGCGCGCGUGCGCGAGAUCCCCUCAAGCACAUGUUCCUCAAAGUAACCUAUUGUCUCCGGUACUGCGCGCACCAUGUAACAGGGGAUCCCACCCUCCCGCGCAAGAUCCCCUUGGAGGAGUACUGCGUUUCGUAG